AAAUCUCUCAAUAACCGAAAAAAAAGUACCCGCGCGCUUCCGAGUUGCCUCGUUCUGACGACUGAGUUUUGACUCGCCGCUGCCGACCUCCACCAGUAAAAAAUGGAGGAAGUGGAUCGUUCUCGAGCUUUCCUCAAAGACGUUAAGCGCCUCGUUAUCAAGGUCGGGACUGCCGUUGUGACUCGAAACGACGGAAGAAUUGCUCUUGGAAGAUUAGGCGCACUUUGUGAGCAGCUGAAGGAGUUGAACUCUCAAGGGUAUGAGAUUAUAUUGGUGUCAUCUGGUGCUGUGGGCCUCGGCAGACAGCGGCUCAGAUACCGGAAAUUAGUUAACAGCAGCUUUGCUGAUCUCCAGAAACCACAAGUUGAACUUGAUGGGAAGGCGUGUGCCGCUGUUGGACAGAACUGUCUGAUGGCUCUCUACGAUACCUUGUUUAGUCAGUUGGAUGUGUCAUCAGCUCAACUUCUUGUAACAGACAGCGAUUUUAGGGAUAGAGAUUUCAGAAAGCAACUCAGUGAAACUAUGAAAUCGUUGUUAUCUCUGAAGGUUAUUCCUAUAUUUAAUGAAAACGACGCAGUCAGUACGAGGAGAGCUCCUUACGAGGAUUCAUCUGGUAUAUUUUGGGAUAAUGACAGUUUGGCAGCUCUACUGGCUUUGGAGCUAAAGGCUGAUCUUCUUGUUCUUUUGAGUGAUGUGGAUGGUCUAUAUAGUGGGCCUCCAAGUGACCCACGUUCAAAACUUAUCCAUACGUACAUAAAGGAGAAGCAUCAGACUGAAAUUACUUUCGGAGACAAAUCUAGAGUGGGAAGAGGAGGUAUGACUGCUAAAGUAAAAGCUGCUGUCAAUGCAGCUUAUGCUGGCAUCCCUGUUGUUAUCACCAGUGGGUUUGCUGCUGGAAACAUCUUUAAAGUUCUUCAAGGGCAACGUAUUGGUACCCUCUUUCAUCAAGAUGCACACUUAUGGGCACCAGUUAAAGAAAUUGAUGCAAGAGGGAUGGCAGUUGCAGCUAGGGAAAGUUCCAGACGGCUUCAGGCCAUGACUUCAGAAGAAAGGAAAAAAAUUCUUCUGGAUGUAGCUGAUGCCCUUGAAACAAAUGUAAAAUUGAUCAACAUUGAAAAUGAAGCUGAUGUUUCAGAGGCACAACAAGCGGGAUAUGAAAAAUCACUUAUAUCUCGGCUGGCUCUGAAGCCUGGGAAGAUUACAAGUCUUGCAAAGUCUAUACGUGUGCUUGCAAACAUGGAAGAUCCAAUUGGUCGUGUUUUGAAAAAAACUGAGCUUGCAGAUGGUCUUGUCUUGGAGAAAACAUCAAGCCCACUGGGUGUUCUUCUGAUUGUGUUCGAGUCCCGUCCUGAAGCACUAGUACAGAUAGCUUCAUUAGCAAUCCGAAGUGGGAAUGGACUUCUCUUGAAGGGGGGAAAGGAGGCUAAGAGAUCAAAUGCAAUUUUGCACAAGAUUAUCACCGAAGCCAUCCCAGAGAGUGUUGGUGGAAAACUAAUUGGACUUGUGACUUCAAGAGAAGAGAUUCCAGAUUUGCUUAAGCAUGAUGACGUGAUUGAUCUUGUGAUCCCAAGAGGCAGCAAUAAACUGGUUUCUCAAGUCAAGAAUUCGACCAAGAUUCCAGUUCUCGGUCAUGCCGAUGGAAUAUGCCAUGUGUAUAUUGAUAAGUCUGCUAAUAUGGAUAUGGCAAAGAGAAUUGUUUUGGAUGCAAAAAUAGAUUAUCCAGCAGCAUGUAAUGCAAUGGAAACACUUCUUGUCCAUAACGAUUUGAAGAGUACAACUGCAUUUUAUGAUCUUGUUGUUGAGCUUCGCAUUGCAGGUGUUACUUUAUAUGGUGGACCAAGGGCAAGUGCCUUGCUCAUGAUUCCAGAGGCGCAUUCAUUCCAUCAUGAGUACAGUUCAAUGGCUUGCACUGUUGAGUUUGUUGACGAUGUGCAUGCAGCGAUUGAUCAUAUACAUGAACACGGAAGUGCACAUACCGAUUGCAUCAUUGCAGAAGACCAAGAAGUUGUGGAUGCGUUUUUAGGUCAAGUCGACAGUGCUGCUAUUUUCCACAAUGCAAGCCCAAGAUUCUGCGAUGGUGCUCGAUUUGGACUUGGUGCGGAGGUUGGGAUAAGCACAAGUCGAAUUCACGCUCGGGGUCCGGUAGGAGUAGAAGGAUUGUUAACAACUCGAUGGAUUCUGCGAGGAAAUGGGCAGAUUGUGGACGGUGAUAAGGGGAUUACUUACACACACAAGGACCUCCCAAUUGAGCCCUAAAUUUGUCAUCAAUCACAGCCGUCCAUCUCCCGUUUCCAUCUUCCCAGGUGGUCACUUGUGAGAGAGAUGGACAGAGAAUAAAUUAUCAUGUAUUAUUGCUUUAAAAUAUGAUGCGUAGUUUAUCCCCACUCAUAUUAGCGUAGCAAAUUCAUAAAAAUUUUCUGUUUUUUUUCUUUUAGAAAAAUAAUAAAAUCAUUUCAUUACUUGCUC